UUUUUUGCAGUUUCUCUCUGAGUAUGGUGGAGGAAGGGUCGUGAUGGGGGCUAAAUCUGAAGUUUUUCAGUGUUCUAACAGUUUUAUUCCGUUUAUUUCUUAACAAAUGUUACAUUGCACAAAAACCUGGAGUCCUUUCAAUAAAACAAACAUUUUUAUUUUGAAUCUGCAUCAAUAUUUAGACACGGAACCUCAAAAGUCGAGCUUCUUCCUCGUAGUUCCAAGUUUGACAAAGAACUCAAAUAAAUGUCAAAACCACAUUCAGCGUCCUCCUAAAAGUUCUGCAGGCGGCCAGAAAGCAGGAACAACACUCCCCAUCUCCCCCAGGACCUCCCAGACCUCCUCUCUCUGCUCCAUCACUCCUCCUCCUCCCCCUCCCCCCGCGGUGCCUCCAUCGUCUGUCACACAUUUUCCACUUUCCUCGCCUCUCUGGAUCCUCCCCCCGUUUGGACGCAGCGUCUUCCAGAAAAACAGAUUCUCCUUCGGUGAGGUCCGUCGGGACUGAACGGGAUCUUUCUCCGGGACCGGUUUGGAGUGAAAUCCUGACACAAGUGGCGCAGAAAGCCCGGCGGAGGACCAUGCCGGCGCUGCUCAGCUCUGCCGUCCUGCUGCUGUUUGGCUUCCUGAUUGGCCUGAGCUCCUCUCUGGACCCAAGAGACCCCAAUGUGUGCAGCCUGUGGGAGAGCUUCACCACUUCAGUCAAAGAGUCCUACUCACACCCGUACGACCACGUGACAGAAGAGCCGUGCUCGGACCCGCGCACCUCCAACCGAUGCCUCCGCCACAGAAUCACCUACAGAACCGCCUACCGACAGGCUGUGAAGACCGACCACCGCAAGAGGUACCAGUGCUGCCCCGGGUACUACGAGAGCGGAGGCAAAUGCGUCCCUCACUGCACCAAAGAGUGCGUCCACGGCCGAUGCGUGGCUCCAGACCGCUGCCAGUGCGAGGGCGGCUGGCGAGGCGAGGACUGCUCCAGUGCCUGUGGCGACCAGCAAUGGGGCCCCCGCUGCCUCCAGCAGUGUGAGUGCAAGAACGGCGCUCUGUGCGACCCCGUGAAGGGGGCGUGUCAGUGUCCGCCGGGGUUUAUCGGGCAGCACUGCGAGGACCCCUGCCCCGCGGGAACCUUCGGUAAAGGCUGCCUGCAGAGGUGCGGCUGCAGGAACGGUGCGUCCUGCGAUACAGCGACCGGGGAGUGUACCUGCCGGGACGGCUUCACCGGCACAUACUGUGAGAAGUCGUGCAGAAAGAAGUGCCAGCCGCGAUGUCCCUGCCAGAACGGCGGCAUCUGCAAGGGCAAAGGAAUCUGUGCCUGCCCGCCUGGAUGGACGGGUCCGGUCUGCACGGAGCCGUGUCCAGAGGGGAGGUUCGGGGAAGACUGCGCCAAGGAGUGCCUCUGCCACAACCGGGGUAAAUGUGACCCUGAAACUGGACAGUGCAAGUGUGCCAAAGGUUUCACAGGAGACAGGUGUGAUGAGGAGUGCGCUGCUGGAACCUACGGUCAGGACUGCAAAGGGGUGUGCGACUGCGCCAACGGCGCCCGCUGCUUCAACAUUCACGGGGGCUGCCUGUGUGAGCCGGGCUUCAGCGGGCCGCAGUGCAAGAGCAGGAUGUGCAAACCCGAAAACUACGGCAUGCACUGCGAGCACAGGUGCUCCUGCGAGGAAAAACACACCCUCAGCUGUCACCCAAUGAAGGGGGAGUGUACCUGCCAGCCCGGUUGGGCGGGGCUUCACUGUAACGAGACCUGCCCUCACGGUUUCUAUGGCCACGGCUGCCUGGAGCCCUGUCUCUGUGUGAACGGAGGGGAGUGUGACGGCGCCACAGGGCGGUGCCACUGCGCCCCCGGGUUCACGGGGCUUCACUGUGAAAACAUCUGUAAGAGCGGGACCUACGGCAGGAACUGCUCCCUGGAAUGCUCCUGUGAAAACUUUAUCGACUGCUCGCCCAUGGACGGGACGUGUUUUUGCAAAGAGGGCUGGCGGGGGCCGGACUGCUCCGUGCCCUGUUCAGAGGGAACCUGGGGGCCGGGAUGCAACGCCACCUGCCAAUGCAGCAACGGCGCAAAAUGCAACCCUGCAGACGGAUCCUGCAUCUGCACGGCCGGCUGGCAGGGGGCGCACUGCGACCAGCUGUGCCCGAUGGGCGCAUUCGGGCCGGGCUGCCAGAAGAGGUGCGACUGCGUUCAAGCGAGCGGCUGCCAGCCCGCCAGCGGGGAGUGUCACUGUCUGCCAGGCUGGAGGGGCCCCCGCUGCGGCGAGCCGUGUCCGGAGGGCCUCUGGGGGCCCGACUGUAACCUCUCCUGCUUCAAGCACUGCCCCAACAGCGACACGUGUGUGAGGGAAACGGGGGAGUGUGUGUGCCGUCCAGGUUACUGGGGAGUCAGCUGUCAGAACAGCUCGCUGGAGCAGGUGGGCAGCGUCAUGGUUCCCCUUCCGCCUGGUGAGAGCGACUCAUGGGGGGCCAUCGCGGGCAUCGUCGUGCUGGUGCUUCUCGUUGUCCUGCUGUUGGCUCUGCUGCUGCUGUACCGUCGCAGACAGAAAGACAAGCAAAACAACGCACCAACCGUCACCUUCUCCACCAGCCGCACAGUCAACUCUGAGUAUGCGGUUCCAGAGGUUCCUCACAGCUACCACCACUACUACUCCAACCCCAGCUACCACACGCUGAGCCAGAGCAGGCCCCCGCUGCCGCACCUCCCCAACAACCACGACCGCAUCAUCAAGAACACCAACAACCAGCUGUUCUGCAAAAACGCCGCGCGGGAGAGGCGGGGCCUGUUCGGCGUCGAGACCAACGCCACUCUGCCUGCGGACUGGAAACACCACGAGCCCCGCAAAGACGCCGGAGCGUUUGGCAUCGACAGGAGGUACAGCUACAGCGCCAGCCUGGGGAAAUAUUACAACAAAGAGCUGAAGGACCUGAUGGCGGUGAGCAGCAGCUCUCUGAACAGUGAGAAUCCCUACGCCACCAUCAAAGACCUGCCGGGCCUUCCCUCCUGCCCCCCCGAGAGCAGCUACAUGGAGAUGAAGUCCGCUGUGCCCCGAGAGCGGGCGUACACCGAGAUCAGCCCGCCGCCCUUCAGAACGGCCACGCUCCGCAGAGAGCGUCAGAGCUCGCUUGGCCACGCCCCCCACGAGGACCCCCACUGCCACUACGACCUUCCGGUGAACAGCCACAUCCCUGGACACUAUGACCUCCCUCCGGUCCGCCGCCUGCCCUCCCCCUCCCCCAGGAGGACUUUUCAGUGAGGAGCGCAGCUGUUUUAACUCCUCCUCUCUUUGGGGACCAUGACGAGGCAGAAGAAACCAAGCUGCCCUUCAUUUCUGUGCAGCGCUGCCCCCUGUGGGCUUUGAGUGGAACUCCUCCUACAAUCGGCGGGUGUGAAGCGUGAGGAAGACUGCUGCUCUUCAUCCCGUGCAGCUGAUUGUGAAGUCAGACGACAAACACGUUUUCAGAUGGACUCACUUCACUCGGAUUCAUUCAGAAAAAUAUUUUCUGAUUCGUUUUUCUCGGGAAAAUGUUCAGAUGGUCAGUUUUUUCAGCGUUUCCUGCCAGUUUUUCAGCACGCCGCCACGUGAAGACUUUGUAAAUAUAGAGAUGGAAAUAUUGUUUAUGUCAAAUGAAUGUAGAACCUGAACUGAGGUGAACUUUUUUUUAAUCAUUUACAUUCAGAGCGAGCUCUCUCACAGUUUCUCCACAAUCUUUUUUUCUUUUUCCAUUUGUUUGUCCAGAUAUGGUUGGUCUAUGAGCGAGUCUAAGCAUACGUUUUUCAAUAAUAAGUCAGCUGUGUUGGCAAAUUCGCAUUAAUCCUCUAAUGCCGGAGCUUUUUGCUCCAGUGUUUGCUGUAACUCCUCAACAGUUUACUCCAUUAAAUGAUUUAUUGGAGAAAAGCAGCUUCACGCUGACAUGCAACACUUUAAGAAAGUACCGAAGCGUCAAUCAGCCGAUUCUGAUGCAGAAAGAAAUCGCUUUGCUCUGAUAUGCAAAACUUGACGUAAUCCGCUUUUCUUAGUGUCAGAAAUAAUUGGAAUUACAUUACGCUCAGAGAGUUACAGUCAUUCAAAGAGCGUGUGUCCUAAUGGGUAAAAAUAUUAGUUUAAGCAAAUUGAACUUAAAGGGAUGAAAUACUGGCCUCUAGUGGACGAUUGCUGCAGACACUGCAAAGGAUAUUGGUUAAAAACAAAUUUGUCACUGCGAGAAAAAGGCAGAAAUUAUUAAAAAGAAGCUUAAAAUUGUAUUUCUGGAACUAAAUUGUAAAUGAAGGUAAAAGCCGUCCAUCUAAAAAGUAUUUGUGAGCAAAAAAAGGGGAAAAAAUUGUAAUUUUUCACUUUUUUAAACUUCCAUAACAUUUAAGCAUUAAAGGGAUGGGGGGGGGGUUACCUUUUUAUGUCGUCUUGUCUUCUAUAGCUGCUCUUCCAUUUCGCUCUUCUCUGUUUUUGGUGAUUAUUGCAUAUUGAACAUUCUUGAAUGAACCUCAUGCUGGUGUCGGAUCACAACGUUUAUUCCUCCGUGAAGAACUCCAGAUUCAACUUCGGAUCUGAAUUUAAGCUCUUGUUUGUUUUCAAAACACAAAUGAGAUUUCAGGUUCAAGUGGAAUCUCUCAGAUGGUACAACGCCCCCUGCUGACAUUACAUGGUACAUAUAUUUUCUAGUUGCAGCUUCGAUUCUAAACUAAACAUUCAGAUUCUCUAUUUCUGGAUCUUUUGCUGUUAAUUGGAUCUAUUCAUUUAUUUUAAAGCAGACAUUUGUCCAACUCAUUAGAAUUUGUUUUGUUAGCAUUUUUGGUUAAAUUCAUUACUUCUUAGUGUUCAAAGUCCUUUUUCAGAAGCAUACAAUAGAAAAUUAAUGUGCAUAAAAUAAAAUAAAAAAAUUAGUUGGAUCAGCCAUUUUUUUUUACAAAAUACUAACAUUAUUGCAAUUGUGACACUUUUAUUCAUUUCUAGGGAAAGCGAAAAGGGACAGUUAUUUUUUUUUAUCAUGUUUUUACUUUUUUCGGAUUUCAGGUGGAUGCUUGCUUAUUACCGUUCUUGCCACUAUACGUCCUCAUGUUUUAAAUUCUGGACUUUCAUAUUUCCAGGCAACAUUCUUCAGAUUUCUGCCGUUUGAGAGAAAAUGUACAUUUUGUUUUAUAAAACGACCUUUUUUUCCCCAUCUAUGCUGGCGUGUAUUAUUGAAUGUAACCGUGGAGACGCGUGUCUCCCGUAAAUAAAAAUGUUUACAAG